AGGAGCAGCACGACGACCAGGAGCUACAGCACAAGACGUUUAGAGGAGCCGAGGAAAGGAGACAGGGAGGAGAGAGGAGACAUAGAGGGAGAAAGAGAUGAGGACAGAGGUUGGACUCGGAGACGGUUUGUGACUGUGCGGAACUAGUCUCAUUCAGACCAGGUGUGUCUCAGGGUGUCCUCAUGCCGUGGCUGCUCUCAUCGCAGGUGGACCUCCUGUCUUCGUCCCCCUCUCAGCGUCAGUGUGAACGGACGUCCUUCUCCUUCUACUGCGCGGUGCGUCAGCGGCUUCCUGCGUGGCUGCUGGAGGACAUGCGCUGCAUGGAGGUGUUCAGCUGGGAGGACGGAGCCCCUCGAGCCUUUCUUCCGUCGGAGGCGCUGUUGUACGCGCUGGUGCACGACCACCAGGACUACGCGCGCUUCCUGCUGAAGGAGCACUCGGCGAGCGCCAUGCGGCCGCCGCGCUGCAGCUUUUGCCGCAGCAGCGGCGGCGCGCCGCAUCUCGCCAUCGCCGUGCGCUACGACCGCGUUUCGAUUCUGGGAAUGAUGCUGGCGGCUCUGAAGGACGCGCAGGUCCAGACGGAGAAGCAGGACUUCCUGGACUGCCGAGGCGGCUGCUCGCACGUAGCCGACGCGGGGAAGACGGCGGUGCAGCUGGCCGUGGAGCUGUCGCGGCCCGACUGCCUGCUGCUGCUGCUGGUUCACGGCGCGCUUCCCACCGGCGUGGACGCCGCGCUGCAGCGCCUCGUCGCCUCGGGCAGCGCGGAGCGCCGCCGCGCACAACGCUGCCUCGACUUCCUGCUGCUUUUCUUGCCCGGACCGCCAGCGCUGUGCUGCCUGCAGGACGAGUCGCAUCGCUGGCAACACCUGCUGGGAAAUGAGGUGUUCAGAUGGCUGUGUGGUUUGGCUCCGCCCCCUCUACUGCUGCAGGCGCUCAGGUGUCUGGCCCGGUCCGGCCCAGAUCAGAUCACCGCGCUGCCCGACUUCCUGCAGCUGCACAGCCGGCAGUAACCUCCUCUGUCCCCAUGGAAACACUCACCUAACCCCCCAAACUACUAUGAUCGGAUGGUGAUCUGAUUAAACAUAAUAUGUAAAUAUAGACUACAGACUGAUCAGCGGUCGAUACUAAACAGGCUUUAGGACCCCGAGGAGACGGAAGAAGCCGCUGUGUGAUACGAGCUUUCCGUUAUAUUAAUGAGGGGGAUAUUCGUGAGCUUUUUUUGUUCAUUUUCUAUUCAUUUUUCUUCACAAUUUAAUAAUAAAAACAAACGUAUCAAAGGUAAAAUAAAUGCACAGUGCAGGAAGCCUCCACAUUAAUAACAUUAUAGAGACAACGUACAUCAAAUAUGAAUACCUCAAAUAUUUCACAGGAUGUGAUAGAUGAUAACAAUACUUCAUUAACAACAAACAGCCAAAUGUAACAGUGUCAAUGUGUUUGUAUGCGUGUAUAUGGGCGUGUGAGGUUGCUGAGGUGAAUGCUGUGAAAUAUGUGAACGCAGCUUGGUCUCCUUCCGCUGAGCGUUGACCUCUGACCUCUGCAGCCACUUAGAUGCAGAGAGCUUUUUGACAGAAGAAAGGGGACGAGGGUCAAACGGACCACUUUAGGACUGAUGGUGCCUGGGACAUGUUGCUAGCUGCUAGGCUAAGCUAGCUGCUAGGCUACUUACCAUCCCAACAUCUACCCUGCAGAGGACACCACUGUGUCCCUAAAGGACAGUGGUGUGGACACGUCCUGCUAAACGAGGGGACACUGUUGGCUUCAAACACCUCAAAUGAGGGAGAGUUGGGAGCAGGGUGCAUCUCCAAGAUGAUCACAUGUGUAGUUUGUUUAAAAUACAAUUACACACGUGUUAAAACACACGCUUCCUAAAGUGAUGAUUUGUUUAUUUAUUAGAUUUAGUCUUUAGAAGGAACUUUUAAUUCUGAUUGAUCUAAUUAAUGAAUUUGUAAAUGUGAGAUCAGAGUUUUUAAAUCUAUUUUCAGCCCCUAAUAAAUAAAUGGGUGUUUUUAAAGACAAUGUGACAUUGAGUGGGGGCCUGAAAUAGCCACGGUUUGCCCUGUUUGACAAGAAAUGCAGAAAUGUUGUCAUGGUCAGGUGAUCAUGAUGAUGAUGAGGAUCAUGACCAUGAUGAAGGUCAAUGACGAUGAGGAUCAUGAGGAUUAGGAUCAGAGCUGUGAGGCUCCGGAGGAAGAUGAAUGUACUUCUGGUGUAUGAACAUGUUUCUACCACCUGAUAUGAAGAAGCGUCCUUCUCAAACCGGUUUGUGGUUACACUUCGUUGCAGCUCUUUCUCAUUCUUAGCUGAGUAAUGAAGGACAUGUCUCUUCUGCAGAUUGUCAAUUAUUCACUUCAGGUUAUGUAUUAUGUCCUGCAUUCACAGCGUGAAAUAAUGUCAAUUUCAUCAAUCUUCUUGAUCGUACAAGCUGAUCCCAGAUUUCCUCUGUGUAUAAAGUGUGGAAGUACCAUUUGUUUGAGUCCAAUCCAGCUGUGAGACAUUCAAUGAUCUGUAAACAAUAAAACCUGUCAGGUGAGGAUUUGCUCAUUUGGGGACAUUUCUUUGGACCCAGGCCCGUCAGAGGCACAGCAAGAACCUUUAUUUCAUUUCGGCUCAGCAAAGAAAUGUGUUUUUCUAAGUUGGAUCCAUGAAGUUUAUUGGAUUUACGUGUGUGAACCAAAGAUUUCCGUCACUAACUGGGAAAUAAUGUAUAUGCAAAAUAAAUCAUUUGUUUCAUUUAAA